AUGUCGAAUUUCACGGUUCCUAGGUUGUCGCCUAAUAAGAGACAAUCUUAUCGUCCACCGUCAAGGCAAAAUGGUUCAUCCGCAAUUAGCACUGGCGGGUCCCUUAGACGUCCAGCAUCCACUAUGUCUCUUAGGUCUACGUCUAGUGGCAUUAGAAGGCCAUCAACGCCAGUUUCCUCGCUUAGAAACACCAGUGGUAGCAUGAUAUCUUCCAGAGCUUCCAGUCCAAAUUCAAGCAGACCUUCGUCAAGUUUGAGCAGUAGAUCCACAAGACCAGUGAGUUCCAUGAGUGGAUUGAGUCUGCGUUCUAGUACUUUUAAUGAGAACAUUUAUAGCGGCACCAUCAUGGUUUCUGUGAGACCUAGGCCACUUCGUGAACAGGUGAAAACUUCGUGGAUGAUCGACAGUGAUGAAAGUACAAUCUAUUCCCCUGAACUUGGUGAUUUCACUUUUGAUAGUGUAUUUGGUAACGAGGUAAACAAUCAGGACGUUUACAAUACCUCAGUUGCCGAUAUUGUUAAUAAGACUUUGGAUGGGUUCAACGGUACGGUGUUUGCGUACGGUAUCACCGGUUCCGGUAAAACCCAUUCCAUGCAAGGCAGUCCUUCUGAUCCAGGUAUUAUUCCUUUGGCGGUAACCGAGAUAUUCAACUUCAUCAAUGAAAACAGCCAUAUCAAAAAUUAUUCUGUGAAAGUCUCGUAUUUGGAAAUAUACAAUGAGAAAAUAUUGGAUCUUCUUCAGCCAGAAAAUUCAAGCACCCCUCAAGCUUUUUCUUCCGCCUCCAACCCUUCUACAAAUGAUUUAAAGAUCAGGGAUGAUCCAAUGACUGGUGUGAAAGUUGUUGGGUUAUCUGAGGAACCUGUCAACAGUGUUGAUGAAUUACUUUCAGUAAUAGAACGGGGUCAUAUGUCCAGAAAGACGGGGGAAACAGAAUUUAAUAGCCGUUCAUCAAGAUCACAUGCUAUUGUGUUGAUCAGAAUUUGUAGUAUUGACAUACUAACUAAGGCUGAGACUGUGUCAACAUUGAGUCUUUGCGAUUUAGCUGGUUCUGAAAGAGCGGCUACCCAAACUGCCCGUCGAAAAGAAGGGGCUUACAUUAAUAAAUCGUUAUUGGCCUUAAGUACUGCGAUUGCCAAAUUGAGUGCCGCUUCAACUUCCAAAACAAAUAGUAAUGUUGGGCAUAUUCCAUUCAGAGAUUCGAAGUUAACGAGAUUAUUGCAACCGUCAUUAUCCGGUAAUUCUGUGAUUUCUAUUCUUUGUACCGUACAUCUAGGAGAACAAAGUUAUUCCGAAACAGUUAGUACAUUGAGGUUUGCUGCCAAGGCAAAGAAUAUCACUUUAAACGCCAGUAAACAUGAGCUACUAGGAGGAAGUAAUAGUGAGAAAGAUCGAGUGAUUGAAAAGUUGCAGAAUGCUAUUCAGAAACAGAAGGUCGAGAUCGAGUUAUUAAAGGCUUCCAAUGGGUUGAAUAGUUUAUCAAUUUCCAGUUUGGGCCCACUUUCGGAAUCUUCUUCUUCUUCUUCUGACUCGUUGAGGCUUAGGGAUGUUAACGCACAAUUGGCUUCUGAAAACAGAUUGUUGACGGAAAGAGUCGAGCACUUGUCGAGAUUGAUGGAUGAGAAAAGAACGGAAAAUGUAAUCCUCAAAACCGACAUCAUGACCUCUCUAACAUCCGUUGGUACGUUAUUGAAUAACCCAACAGUAUUGCGAAACUUGGAGGAAUUGUUCAGAGAUCAAGCCACAGAAAUUGAAGAAUACAACAGUUAUAUCCUGCACCUUGAGAAUGAAUUGGGGAAAUACGAAUAUAAGAAAUACUUUGGUGAAAGCCAAAACCAGCCUGAUUCAUCACCUGCUGUGGUAGCGGUAGUUGUCAAUGAUGAAAAUAUAGAAUGUCCACUUUCCCCAAUCUCCGACCUGGACAUGAAUGGUGGAUACAAGACCCAUGGACUAGUGUCACCAAGCAAGGUUAGAAAUAACGUAUUGAAGAAUGGUAAUCAAAGGGAACUACAAAGUUUGAUCGAAACUCAAAAGGAAGAAAUCGAUGACUUGAAAGAAUCCAUUAAGAAUAAGGAUAAGAUCAUCAAGGCUUUGCGAACGAGUAGUAGGUUUAAGAAUUCCUUGAGUACCGAUUUACAAUAG